CCGUUUGUUUUUCCCUCCCUAUCAUCUCCCUCAAAGCCGGACAGUGAGGGAGAAACAACUAUGGUUUCCUUUUCACUCUCUCCUCUCUCCCACUCUCUCUCUCAAUUUUCUUCCGCCAACUUCACCGUCUGUGAGAAACCCACUUACCGUCCAAAGAAGAUCCAAAUUGGGUGCGGUUCUGGUUCUUCUUCUUCUUCUUCCUCAUCUUCGUUACCACGCCGCCGAGUUCUUCACAGGUCUCUCCCUCUGGCUGCUUCAGUUAUUGUUCUUCUCUCGUCAAAUCCAGCCAAUGCUGGAUUUCUGUCAGGAUCCCCUGGAAUAGAAUCAGUACCUGGUCCUAAGUUGCCUGAAAUUGACUUUCUCAAUCGCUUCAACGAAGAAAACCAGAAGAAGUACGCGGAAAAUGAUUCAAGAUUCAAAUCAUCUCCCCUGCUCAAAGAAUACUUAGAGAAAUCCAAGUCGAACAAAGAAAAGAACCGUCAAGAAACACAGGACAAGUACUGCUUACGUGGGGCAGAAUGGGGUGUGGGAGAUUGUUCAGCAGAGGGAAUGUCACCUAUGGACAGAGAGAAGUUCAUUUUGAUGUUGAAGCAGAAGGUUGGAGUGAAAGAAUGAAGCAGCUGUAGCCUGUAGGUAAUGGUUUCUUGGGUUAGCACUUAGCAGCAAUGGGUAAAUCUUACCAUGUAAAAUCACAUUUCAGAACAGUUUCUUACAACAGGAUGGCAUAUGCAUCCUUUUUUUUCUUUCAAUUGUUGUCUUUUAUGUAAUAUGGGCGACUGGGUGUUUGAUUAGCUAAGCUAUUGCUAUAUUUAGUUGCUUCUUAA